GCGUCAGGGUUUUGCGUUCAGAUCUUUCUAUCAACAGCAAAGAUCGGCAGCAUCUCGAUUUGGGAAAAAAGAUCAGUUGUCGAGUUUCCUCCUCCUGGUUACUUGGAUCUUAUAUCAAUGGACGCAGAAGACGCAUCCAAUACGCAUCCGACUUCUACAGAGUCUCCACAAUCACAAAGACCUCGAUCUCAGCCUGCUGAGCGAAACCUAACUGUCAUUCCACCAUCUCAAAUUCCUCACCAGCAAGGUGAGGAGAGCACAUCAAGCGCAUUUCCUUUCAACUCGCAAUCAGUUCCCAUCAAUACGAGCGGAUUACGUAGGGCACGGUCAUAUUAUUCGACUUCAAUUCCGAACGAAGCAGUGCCUUGGAGCGCAUUAAGGCGGUAUAAUGAUGGGUCGUUCGUACAGUCGCCUGGUUUUGGGGAUGUGGAUGAUUAUUUUGGGUUUGGCCAGCUGGCACAUAGUAUGUCGCCCCGUGAUGAGAGAGGUGGGUUUGAGAGCAUUGCAGAUCAUUGGAUUAGGCAGAGAACAGUAUCUGCGACUUCUGAUGGUUCGAGUAACAGGUAA